CUGUCUGUGGACAGGAAGUAUCACGCCGCCUGUCCCACGGUGCUCUACAGGACCAGUGAUGACCGCAAAAUGAAGCGAGUUCCUGUGUCAAAGUGCAGCACGUACACAAAUGUGCAGGAGUGUUGGUCUGCACAGGAUCCAUACUGUGGUUGGUGUGACUCUAAAAGCAGCUGCACAUUUGAAGAUGACUGCACAGAUUCAGACUGGCUGUCCAUUCCUGAUGAGUCCCAACACAAAAUGAUUUCCCACAAAGUUGAAAAGGACACAAAUGGACAGGUUUUGCUAAAAAUGCACACACACCUGAUCGUGGGCCAGAAAGUGUCGUCUAACUUUAUCUGUCAGUUCACUGCAAGGUCCAGCUCAAUUUGUGCUCCGAAUAACCCUCCUCCACAGUUCCCACAAUGCACCUGCAUCCUGUCUGAUCGUACACUUCCUGCUGAUGGUCUGCAUGUCACAGUGAAAUUUAGACUUGGUUCAACACAACUGUCAGAACAGCUGAGGUUGACCAACUGCUCUGACAUCAGUGGACCACCAAGUUCAGUCUUGUGUCAGCAGUGCAUCAAAGCUGGUUGUAGAUGGAACAUAAACAGAUGUUCCUGGGCCGAUCAAACAGAGAUCAAUGACAGUGUUUGCCAAAAUGUGCAGUCUGGGAAGAACUUCUCUAUCCCAGAGAUCUCCUCCAUCACUCCCAGUGUGGUGUCUUUCUACGGUAGAAACCACGCAGUGCUGUCAGGUCGUAACCUCGAUGAUGUGACUGCAGUGAGGAUCCAGGCAGAUACUGACUGUGCUCCAAAAGAAUCUCCUGUUUGGGACAACACUGGUUUCAGUCUGAUGUUCCACAUUCCCACUUCAGAUAUCAAAGGUGUGGUCAGCGUAUGUCUUCUCCUCCCAGAUGGUCGUUGCCAUGGCAAAGCUAAAAUCACCUACAGCUCAUUACCAUCAUGCACCAACAUUACUCCCAGCAGCAGUUGGAUCAGUGGGAAGAGGAAGAUCACACUCAUGGGGUCUCACCUUAACUUUGUUGAAGGGGUCGUCCACAGCCACGCAAUGCAGGAUGUCAGACUUCCCAGAAACAUCAGCUCUCAGUACCUCACCUACGAUUCACCUGCAGCUAGGAGUUUUUCUAGCAGCACUCUGUUUGUGAAACUAGCCAAUGAAACCUUAGCCUGCUCCACAAAACUCUCCUACGUUCCAGACCCUGAGUUUACCAGCGUCACAGCCACAAGGACAGGGGAAGAUGUCCACAUCACCAUUCAGAAAAAAGCAGACAACCUGGAGAUGAUGAUAGAAGAGUUAUCAGUGUGGGGCGUUCAAGACGAUACAAAAUACCAGUGCAUCGUGGAAGCCAAAGAAACCUGGACCAACACUGACUUUUUCACCUGUGGAUUUAAAAGCCCAUCCAACCAUGAAUUUGAGGAGUUACUGAUAAAGUAUGGUGACAGGACAGUAAGUCUUGGGCUUGAGUCCCAGUUACACAAAGCCCUUCAGAUAUUGCGUUUCAUGCUGAUACCCUGUGUUAUUGCAGUGUUGAUGAUUAUCUAUUUCUGGCAGAAGAGACUCGCAAUUGAGAUGAAUAAGCUCUGACAAAUGAUCGGCCUGAGUGUUCUUGGGAAAAAGUUUACUGUUUGUCUCAAAAUAUGCAUUAUAAAGCUUCCUGCAGAGUUUGCUUUGUUUUAUUUUUUCUUUCUCUCUUUGCGAUUUUAAUUAUACUGCAAAUGUGUUUUAGCUGAAGUCAUAUUAUCAGGACACAAAUAAA